AUGGCUCGUACUAAGCUCGUUGCUCUUUCCUUCAUAGUAUUGCUAAGCAUUAGCCUCUCUGAGGCAAGCCGAUUCUUGACAUCGGCUGAUGGUGGAGGUGGCGGUGGUGGUGAAGGUGGUGGUGGGGGUGGUGGCUCUGGAAAUGGCUCCGGAUCUGGCUAUGGUUCCGGGUCUGGUUAUGGUGAAGGAGGUGGAUCGGGGUCCAAUGGUGGAGGGUAUGGAAGUGGCGGAGGUGGUGGAGGUGGCGGUGGAUCCGGUGGUGGGAGUGGAAGUGGGAGUGGGUCGGGAUAUGGGUCCGGCGGUGGUUCUGGGUAUGGUCAGGGCGGUGGUGCCCAUGGUGGUGGAUAUGGAAGUGGUAGCGGCGGGGGUGGCGGUGGCGGUGAAGGCUCUGGCUCUGGGUCUGGCUACGGUUCCGGAUAUGGGUCUGGUUAUGGGAGUGGGGGUGGGGGCUACCCUUAACUCCUAGGCCUACAGCUACCUGAAGCCCUGCUCGUUUAUCCUCCUUGCACCACGAGCUCUUUCUUUCUCUGUGCUCAACUGCAAUUGUAUGCAUACUGUAAUACAAAAUAAAUGGGCUUCUGGAUUUAAAUAAAUGUUAUGUUGAUGGAAAGGGAAGCUGCGAAUGUCGUCGUACGCCAACUAUUUCGUUUUUUUCGAGAACUUGAUCUUUUUUAUCCCGA